AUGGUUUGGACUUUGGACAGAGAAGUGGACAUAAGCAGCUUGAUUCCUGAAUGGCUGCAGGGCACGCUUAUACGCAAUGGACCUGGCCUCUUCUCUUUGGGAGAGACGAGAUACAACCAUUGGUUUGAUGGAAUGGCACUUUUGCACAGUUUCACAAUAAAAAAAGGAGAGGUGACGUAUAGAAGCAAGUAUCUUCAAGGUGACACCUACAACUCCAACAUGCAGGCCAACAGAAUAGUGGUGUCAGAGAUGGGGACCAUGGCGUACCCAGACCCAUGUAAAAAUAUAUUCUCCAAAGUGAUAACUUUCCUCAGCCACACCAUACCAGACUUCACUGACAACUGCGCCAAUAACAUAAUCAAAUAUGGAAGUGACUACCAUGCUACAUCUGAGACCAAUUACAUUCGUAAAAUUGACCCCAUGACUUUAGAGACUCAAGAAAAGGUAAAAAAAAAAAAAAAAAAGUUUGUAAAAAUAUCUAGUUCAGUCAGGAAACUCUAGACGGCAUAGACUGAU